GGCCUAGAAAGAAGCCUAACUCACAAUGAGGCCCCGCCCCAACCCUAGGCUCAGCUCAGAAAAAACGGGCCGCUCCUCAGACUCUGGAUUCCGCAGCCUCUGUGGUCCGCAGAUCCCAUUAGUGCUUUACAGACUGCUUCUGAUGGCAGACUGUAGCUGACUAACCACACACCCCAUCACUGCCUGAUAAUCCGAGUGUGUCAGUGCCCUCUUUCGCUCCAUCUGCCCAACACAUAUCUUCUGAGGUGUUGUUUGUCCCAGAGAUCUGGCCUACAAGUCUGGGCCUUGCGGGGUUGAGAGCAAAAGUGCCAAUAGAGGCCUGUGUGUGAGCAAGCAGCAGGAGCAGAACUGAGACCAGGUGGAGAACAGAAGAAGUCUUGGGGUUCCUCAAGGCCCCUGAGUUUCCAGCAGGCCCUGUAGCUCAGCUCAAGGUUGUUGCUAUUAUUUGUCUGUAAAUAUCAGCCUCAGAGAGAAAAGGAAAAAACUGGUGACAGAUAAAAAUUGCAGCUUCCUGUGCACCCCUCCUUGAUCCUGUUCCAUCCAUCUUUACCCAGAGGCAUCCACAACUCUGAAAUUUAUUCUGAUGUUUAUCAUGGCAAUAAAUGUCUUCAUAAUUUGUGCUACAUGAAGGAAUUUUUUUGUCUACUCUGCAUUCUCUUACUUUAUCAGCAGAAAGCAUUGCUGGGAUCUUCUCCCACCCUUCAGGUGUUUGGAAACAGUCAUCAUCUUCUCCUGGGCAUCUAAAUCAUUCACCAAAAGACAUAGCAUCCUGGUCCUCAGCAUUUCAGUCUCCUCCUCUAGUCAGACUCCUGUGUGACAUUAUCAACUUCAGGCCUGGAUCCCAUGGACCAGCUGUGAGCCACCCAGGGCAGCAUAAAACUGAGGUACCUGACUGACGUCCUUACCCCCAAGGAACUGGUGUCAACAGAGGAGGGAUGUAAAGUGGCACACAGGUGCCCAGUUCCUUCCACUUUCUGCCCAGAUGGGAGGAGGACAGACCUUUGCUGACUGGCGGACAAAGACACCUGGACACCAAUAUGCCUCAGUUCUUCAAUCACUUCCUGCAGACAGCAUAGCGUUCUGGGAAGCAGAGUAACUUCUGGCAGCCUUGGCGAGUGACAGGAUGCUCCAUCCCUUUUCUGGGCAGCAGGCUGAAGAAUGUGUCUCUAAUCCAUGAAGGACCCCUUUCAUUAGCCCCUUUCUCCUCCACACAAAGCUGAUCUCAUCUAUUUUAUCAGAAGAUGGAUGAUGCCCUUGGAGUCCGGCCUCUAUCCUGAAAGUGACUUCAGAUUUUUCUUCAAACAACUCAGAUGAGGAAGCUGAGGCUCAGAGGAGGAAAAUGACACCAGUGCACUUGUCACAUGAAAGGCGGCUAUGUGAUGGUCUUUUGCAAGAGGGCUAUAAAUGCGUGCUGGUCACCAUGACAACAGAGACAGGCCCUGAUUCUGAGGUGAAGAAGGCUCAGGAGGAGGCCCCGCAGCAGCCUGAGGCAGCCUCUGCAACCACCCCUGUGACCCCUGUGGGCCACGGCCACCUGGAGGCCAACUCCAAUGAGAAGCAUCCGCACCAGCAGGACACUCGGCCUGCUGAACAGAGCCUAGACAUGGAAGAGAAGGAUUACAGUGAGGCCGAUGGCCUGUCGGAGAGGACCACGCCCAGCAAGGCCCAGAAAUCACCCCAGAAGAUUGCCAAGAAAUACAAGAGUGCCAUCUGCCGAGUCACUCUGCUCGAUGCCUCUGAGUAUGAGUGCGAGGUGGAGAAACAUGGUCGGGGCCAGGUUCUGUUUGACCUGGUCUGUGAGCACCUCAACCUCCUGGAGAAGGACUACUUUGGCCUGACCUUCUGUGAUGCCGACAGCCAGAAGAACUGGCUGGACCCCUCCAAGGAAAUCAAGAAGCAAAUCCGGAGCAGCCCCUGGAAUUUUGCCUUCACAGUCAAGUUCUACCCCCCUGACCCGGCUCAGCUGACAGAAGACAUCACAAGAUACUACCUGUGCCUGCAGCUGCGGGCAGACAUCAUCACUGGCCGGCUGCCCUGCUCCUUUGUCACGCAUGCCCUGCUGGGCUCCUACGCUGUGCAGGCUGAGCUGGGUGACUAUGAUGCUGAGGAACACGUGGGCAACUAUGUCAGUGAGCUCCGCUUCGCCCCUAACCAGACUCGGGAACUGGAGGAGAGGAUCAUGGAACUGCACAAGACCUACCGGGGCAUGACCCCAGGAGAAGCAGAAAUCCACUUCCUAGAGAAUGCCAAGAAGCUUUCCAUGUAUGGAGUAGACCUGCACCAUGCCAAGGACUCUGAGGGCAUAGACAUCAUGCUAGGAGUCUGUGCCAAUGGCCUGCUCAUCUAUCGGGACCGGCUGAGAAUCAACCGCUUCGCCUGGCCGAAGAUUCUCAAGAUCUCCUACAAAAGGAGUAAUUUCUAUAUCAAGAUUCGGCCUGGGGAGUAUGAGCAGUUCGAGAGCACGAUUGGCUUUAAGCUCCCAAACCACCGGUCGGCCAAGAGACUGUGGAAGGUCUGCAUCGAGCACCACACCUUCUUCCGGCUGGUAUCCCCUGAGCCCCCACCCAAGGGCUUCCUGGUAAUGGGCUCCAAGUUCCGGUAUAGUGGGAGGACCCAGGCACAGACUCGCCAGGCCAGUGCCCUCAUCGACCGGCCUGCACCCUUCUUUGAGCGUUCCUCGAGCAAACGGUAUACCAUGUCCCGCAGCCUGGAUGGAGCAGAGUUCUCCCGCCCAGCCUCAGUCAGUGAGAACCAUGAUGUGGGACCUGACGGUGACAAGCGGGAAGAAGAUGGCGAGUCUGGGGGGCGACGGUCAGAGGCUGAAGAGGGAGAAGUCAGGACCCCCACCAAGAUUAAGGAGCUCAAGUUCUUAGACAAGCCGGAGGACGUCUUGCUGAAGCACCAGGCCAGCAUCAAUGAGCUCAAGAGGACCCUGAAGGAACCCAACAGCAAACUGAUCCAUCGGGAUCGAGACUGGGAGCGGGAACGCAGGCUGCCCUCCUCACCUGCCUCCCCCUCCCCCAAGGGCACACCUGAGAAAGCCAAUGAGAGAGCAGGGCUGAGGGAGGGCUCAGAAGACAAAGUCAAACCGCCACGUCCCAAGGCCCCAGAAAGCGAUACUGGAGAUGAAGACCAGGACCAGGAAAGGGAUGCAGUGUUCCUGAAAGACAACCACCUGGCCAUUGAGCGGAAGUGCUCCAGCAUCACAGUCAGCUCCACGUCCAGCCUGGAGGCUGAGGUCGACUUCACAGUCAUUGGUGACUACCACGGCAGCGCCUUUGAGGACUUCUCCCGCAGCCUGCCUGAGCUCGACCGGGACAAAAGCGACUCAGAAACAGAGGGCCUAGUGUUCUCCCGGGACCUCAACAAGGGGGUGCCCAGCCAGGAUGAUGAUGCUGGGGGCAUUGAGGACAGCCUGGAUCGAGGGGCCUGCUCCACCCCGGAUAUGCCACAGUUUGAGCCCGUGAAGACAGAAACCAUGACUGUCAGUAGCCUGGCCAUCAGGAAGAAGAUUGAGCCAGAAGCUGUACUGCAGACCAGAAUCGCUGCUGUGGACACAGCUCAGGUUGAUGGGGCUGCCCCCGGGGGCAAGGAGUUCUUAACAACGACUCCCUCCAUCACCACGGAGACCAUAUCAACCACCAUGGAGAACAGUCUCAAGUCCGGGAAGGGGGCAGCUGCCAUGAUCCCAGGCCCACAGAUGGUGGCCACGGAAAUCCGUUCUCUUUCUCCGAUCAUCGGGAAAGAUGUCCUCACCAGCACCUACGGCGCCACUGCGGAAACCCUCUCCACCUCCACCACCACCCAUGUUACCAAAACUGUGAAAGGAGGGUUUUCAGAGACGAGGAUCGAGAAGCGAAUCAUCAUUACUGGGGACGAAGAUGUUGAUCAAGAUCAGGCCCUGGCUUUGGCCAUCAAGGAGGCUAAGCUGCAGCAUCCUGACAUGCUGGUAACCAAAGCUGUCGUAUACAGAGAAACAGACCCAUCCCCGGAGGAGAGGGACAAGAAGCCACAGGAAUCCUGACCUCUGUGAAGAGAUGCUGGCAUUUCUGGUCCAACUCAAGCCAGAGAACCGUUAAGAAGGGGCCUUCAUUCUGGAUUCUCCGACUCAACAUCGAUGUCCCAGCUGCGACAUACUGUCCCUGAUGAAAGACUGGGAAAGGAAAAGCAUAUAUAUAGAGAUAUAUAGAGAUAUAGUAUAUAUACAGGAAACACCGCGUCCUGCACUGCUGCUGGGGCUGGCCGAGCAAUCGGCCGACAGCAACAGCCAACAUCUGAACACCUACAUUUCCUUUGCAGACUAAUUAAAUAACCGGUGGGAUUUUUCAAGGAAAAAAAAAAAAAGAUCACAAUAAUCCCUUGCUCCCCGCUUCAAAGCCCUGAGGAACAACAAAAGCAAGCCAGACCACAGUGAUUGUAGAGGUACAAUAUAACCCUGGUUUUGCACAUUACAUUUAGUGGACAAGCAUCCCAUUUGUUCUUCUCCAGCAUCUGUUGCCCACUCAGAUGCAAAGGAAAAUACUUUUGCAACAAAGCAAGAGAAGUCGCAGCAGCAAGACACGUACCCAUCAACCGUUUUCCAAGAAAGAAAAAAUCCCCCACUUGGAAAGAAGGAGGAGGAACACUGGAUUAUUAUUUUUUGGGUCUUGACACUGGGCUGCAAAAUCCACCUUCCUUUCUUCCAUCUCCCCACCCCCCUCCACUCUCAAGCGUCUAGUUAUCAUUUUCUGUCUUGGCUCCCUCCUCCCCCUGCCCCCACCCCAUACUUGUCACCCUCUGUGUCCAGGUCCUGCUGGGGCCACAACAGAUGACUGUCAUUUGAAAUGAGGAAAAGAAAAGAAAGCAAGAACAGAAAACCAAGCCAAGGAAGGGAAGUAGACACUGUAUGUUUAUGGGUUUUCAUUAUGAAGGUGCAGCUUGUAGAUUUGUAUGGAUGUGCUUUUAAGUUAUGUAUAUUACAUAUAACAGGAAACAAAUAUUAAAAUAAACAGUGCUGGUAAGUAUGAAGCUGACAUUUUAAAAUUAUAAUUAUCUGACUGUGAUCAAUGUAUCCCAAGGUUCCUAGAUCUCACUGAACUGGCCCAGUCAAGGAGACUUGGACUCUGGCUGUGGUGGCUCACAGUAGAGGCAGUGGUUCAGUGUAGUAAUACAGUAUGUGGUGUUUGUGAUUGGUUGAUUGGUGGGGAGGGGCGGGGGCCCCAAAUGGAGAGGCAGGAGUUUGGCAAGAAGGAAGGUCCAGAAUGCCUUCUCUCCCCCGGCAGUAGCAACCAGAGCCUGAUCUGUGUUCAAAUGGAGUCCUGAUCCAGACUUUGCUUAAGAGGCUCUCCUGGCUCAGUCUCCUUACCUCCCUGGGUGGUGGUGGUGGUAGGGGGGUUGCCUUGGUUUUCAGCCCUUUUUUUUCUUUUUUUUUUCGCCACAUGUCUUGCCUUUCCCUGACCACAUUGUGAUAGCUGACUCCCCAUCCAAAGGGAGCUAAUGCCUGCUCCCUGCACUGGGCUCCCACAGAGUACAGUGUCUUCAAACUGGCUGUUUGGAAAUUCCUAAUUCAAUCUUUUCCUCUCCUUCACCCAUGUUCUGAAUCAUUCUCUUCUUCCUGGGCCAAAACAGCCAUGGUAGAGACCAUGAACACAGGGCAUGCCCUGAUAGGUCAAAACUGCAUUUCUAAAGGCUUCACCUGCCCUGGAAGAAGCCAAGAAUGCAAGGUGGUCCCACCCAAAGGCUCCGUCUAUGGAGAAGACCCUUGCUUUGGAGACACCCUACGGCCCUUCAGUCAACAUCUAAGCUCUGAGCCUGUAACCUUAGAAUCCCAGAAAUUGCCUCAAGACCACAGAAGUCCUUGGAGAAGACCCCAUCAAAAGCUUGGCAGUGGCCUUGGCACACAUGGGCUUUUCCAGCACACGCUGCUUCCUUGAGCAAAGUCCCUUUCUGAGGGAGUGUGUCCCCACUGCACUUUCAUUUCUAAGUCCCCUUUCAUCUUCCCAGCCUAGCUUCUAAAGCAGUCGAUAAAUUCAUUCAACAAAUAUUUAUUGAGUGCUUACUCGUGCCAGGCACUAUUCUUAGGUUGAAGGAGAAUGUGUGAGGGGAGGGGAGGGCCCUGGGAAGCCCCUUGAGCCAGCCUUAUAUCUCCCACCAUGGUCAGCCCCUCUGAGAAUAUUUCUGCAUUCUCUCUAAUACAUUGCCCAGGGAUGCCCCUCAGAGGGCCCAAGUUGGCUUAUCAGUUGCCCAGAAGACAUAUGCUUAGCUGCUUAGCUGAUGCUUGCCUGAGGCAGAACAAGACAUGAAAUAGUGUUUACCUUGUGGGCAAAAAAAAAAAAAAAAAAAUGGGAAGGAGAGGACAGGGAGAUCCCGGCAUCUGGGGAUCAGAAGGCAGCAUCAGCCACACCCCUCCCCUGAAUACAGCGGCACACUGUCCAUGCACCAGGUCUUACUGCAUUCCUGGGGGGGAAGCCACAGAAACUUUUUUCCCUGCCUUCUCAACCCAAAAUCUCACACUGUUUCUGGGCCAGGAGCUGCAGAGAUACCACUCAUUGGACCACCCCGCUGUCUUUGCAGGAGCCAGGUGUCCUGAGCACACUGCACACACCUCACAAGGAGAAUAUUUGCUCUGAAUUCUGCACCUGCUUACAGACCCUGAGUGUGUGGCUGCAGGGCAGGGAGGGAGUGAUCAGGGUUAGCCUGGGAGGUGGGCAGGGUUUGUGGAGGUCUCUGUCCCAUGGAUGCUCUGGCCUUCCAAGGGGAAGCAGGCAGUGCCACCAGAGAGGAGGGGAGCUGCAAAGCUGAAAUUUAGGGCACUGAUUCCUCCCUGUCCUCUUCAUAGAGAAUAUCAAUGUUUGUCUUGUCUGUCUUCAACUUACUUUUCCUUUUUACAUUUCCCAUCUGUGUGCUGCCUGUCCGUAUAGGAGACCAUGGAGCAUAGUGGAAAUGUCCCAGAGGGCAGUCAAGACUUCCAGCUGGUCACACUGGCUCAGCCCCUCCCUCACCGUGUGAAAACAGACUAGAUCUUUUGGGUCUCAGUUUUUCCAUUUGCAAAACUAGAAGGAUAAACCAGAUGUGCUCCAGGGUCUUUUUCCAUUCUGCCAUCCUGUAGAUCUUCAUUUUCUCUUAUUUUGUUUUCUUGGGAUCUUUUCCAUAUGAGGGUACAGGAAGUGCCAUGAUCUGUUUCUGUUUUUGAAUCCUGCAAGCACAUUCCAAGACUGGCCUGAAAUUGCAUGAGCAACAUCACUUUAAAUAAUUUUUUUUCAAAAGCACCUUACCAACCAACUGCGAUGCUGUCCUGUUCCUUUUUACUCACGCCCUUCCUCUCUCGUCCCUGCGCUUCCCCACCUCAGUGCUCCGUGCUGUAUGCGUGUGCUCUCUGUUCUUGUAUACUCAAUAAAAGUGAAAUAAAUGUGUUUGAUGCUGAACCACAAGCUGCUUUGGCAUCUCUCUGUCUCUCUCUCCUUGGCUACUGAUACAGGUUGGCAUUAUAAGAAGGGCCAAAGCUGGCAUGGAG